GUUGAAAACUGUUACUGUUGCAUGAUGGGCCACAAAGCGAACUCCAUGCAUUGUGUCUUAAGAGGCCUCUGCUUCAUGCUUCUCCUCUUGACCAGCACAGCUCAAGAUGAAGACUUAAGAAGCUGCAGGACUGCACCAUGUGACUUGGUCUUCAUUCUAGAUGGCUCGUGGAGCGUUGAAGAUGUCAACUUUGAAAUAGUGAAGCGAUGGCUUGUCAACAUAACGACCAGCUUCAACAUUGGACAGACGUUUACUCAGGUUGGAGUGGUCCAGUACAGUGAUGAUCCCAUGUUAGAAAUACCUCUGGGGAAGCAUUCCACAAACAAAGACCUCAUCAAAGCCAUGGAGUCAAUAGAGUACAUGGGAGGAAACACGAGGACUGGGACAGCCAUUAAGUUUGCCACAGACAAACUCUUUGGACUUUCUGAGCGAGGCCCAGCAGGUGUUUCUAGAAUUGCUGUUGUCCUCACUGAUGGGAAGUCUCAAGAUGAGGUCCUUAAAGCUGCUGAGGCAGCAAGAAAAAGAGGAGUAAUCUUAUUUGCAAUUGGCGUUGGGCCAGAAACAGAAGAAGCAGAGUUGAGGGACAUUGCCAACAAACCAUUUUCGACGUACGUCUUUUCUGUUGUGGACUACAAAGCUAUUUCAAGGAUUAUACAGGUCAUACGUCAGAAACUAUGUGAAGAGACUGUUUGCCCGGCCAGAAUUCCUGUAGAUUCUCGUGAUGAAAAGGGCUUUGAUAUUCUUCUAAGCUUAAAUUUGGCUAGAAAAAACAAGAAAACAAAAGGAGCCUUUUAUGGCACUAAGGCAUAUGAAGUGACACAUCGGGAUGACUUAAGCGAAGCUACAAGGAGCCUUUUCCCUGAUGGUCUGCCUCCAUCAUAUGUUUUCGUGGCCACGCUGCGGUAUAAAGGAUCAGUAACUAUGGAGGAAUGGGACCUGUGGAGGAUACAGACACGUGAUGGGAAGCCUCAGAUGGCGGUGACUCUAAAUGGUCUGGAUAGAACUGUCACCUUCACUACAACCAGUAUGACACAGAGUGAAAUACAAAGUGUUGUGUUUUCACUGCAGACAACACGAAAACUGUUUGAUGAAAAGUGGCACCAGCUGCGACUACUGGUCACAGAAGAGGAUGUGACUCUAUAUGUGGACGACCUGGAGAUCGAAACAUUACCACUGCAGCCCUCUGUCGGCAUUUUUAUUAAUGGAAAGACACAAGUGGGAAAAUAUGUCAAUAAGGAAACAACAGUUCCUUUUGAAAUUCAGAAACUUCGCAUUUACUGUGACCCUGAGCAGAACAACCGAGAGACUGCGUGUGAAAUACCUGGAGUUUGCCCUUAUAAUAUUGAACCAACACAAGAACCUUGCGUUUGUCCUGCUGGACCCCCUGGAGCUCCGGGAACAAAGGGAGAACAAGGUAGCGCUGGCAAGCCUGGGCAGCCUGGACCUGCUGGUGCUGAUGGUAAGCCUGGUAUCCCCGGCAUUAGAGGAAGUCCCGGGCUGCCAGGUCCAUCAGGAAUAAAGGGGACACGUGGAGCAGAUGGAUACAAAGGCGAGCAAGGGAGACCAGGUGUUUUGGGAGAAAGGGGCAUGCCCGGAUUACCAGGACAGCCGGGACAACCAGGAGAGAAGGGAUUGCCAGGUUUGCCAGGAAUUGCAGGCCUCGAUGGACAAAAGGGGGAAACUGGUGAGCCUGGAGCAAGAGGAUUCAAAGGAUCAUCUGGACUCCCUGGUGAAAUGGGUUUAUCUGGUGAACCUGGUAUAAAAGGAUCAACUGGUCCAAAGGGAAAUAAAGGUGAGACUGGAAGUCCAGGGAUAAGAGGAACCCCGGGGUCCACAGGACAUGCAGGAGAACCAGGAACACCUGGUCUGCCAGGACACCCGGGAAUGCCAGGCCUGAAGGGAAGUAAGGGAGAACGAGGAAUAAUUGGUGAAAGAGGGGAAAUGGGAUUGAAAGGCGAACCAGGAGAGAAUGGUCAGCCAGGGAUUCAGGGAUCGCCUGGUCCAGUGGGAUUAAAAGGAGAGAAAGGGAUAUCAGGGGAUCAAGGCCAGAGAGGGCCCGAAGGUCAAGUAGGACGACCAGGUCAACCAGGUCAGUCAGGCCCACCUGGUUCCCAAGGAUUGCGAGGGGACACUGGCCCUCCUGGCCCACCUGGACCUGAAAGAAGACCUAUGAGUGUGAUGUCAGACAGCCACAUUCGUCAAAUCUGCAGAGAGAUUCUUCUGACUGAGCUGUCUUUAUUGUUGCCGAGCAACCAGCAGAAGAGCUGUUCCAGAUGUGAAAGCCAGCCUGGGUCUCCUGGUCCACCAGGUCCAACUGGGCCUCAGGGGCAUAGAGGUCUUCCAGGACUUACUGGUUCCAGGGGUCAGCCAGGCCACCCUGGACAUCCAGGGCAUCCCGGGAUUAAUGGGCUCAAAGGAGAACCAGGUUUCAAAGGUGAGAAAGGGAGUCCUGGUCGAGUCACAAGUGGAGACCAGGGCCCACCUGGACCUCCUGGUCCCAUGGGUCCUCAUGGUUAUGGCAAACAAGGUCCUCCAGGUAAAUCUGGGCUUCCUGGUCAAAAUGGAGCAGAAGGUAAAAGUGGUAACCCUGGCCAACCUGGAAUAUGUGACCCGUCCAUGUGCUAUGCCAGCAUGAUGAGAAGAGAGCCCUUCCACAAAGGCCCAAACUAUUGA